AUCUCUGGUUUGUAGAGAGUGGAUAGUGGAUGUUUGUUGUUAUUUAUUUAAGUACUAAAAUAUUGGCAAAUUAAAUUAUUACAAUUAGGAAAUAAGCUUUAAAUUGUUAUUGGGAUGGCCGCUAAAAUUGGACCGAUGGAUCCUCCUUCUUCAGCCAGCUCGGACAGUGAUAUAAUAGAUGCCCAAGACUACUCAGAAGUAUUUCCUGAUCAAGAAGAUCAAGAGGAGAGAAGCGGAGAUUUCUACAAUACUCCUGCCUCUCCAAUUACUGUUCCUUACUGCCCCAGACCUCCCUCUACAGGUUCUCAAAAGUCACCCAAGGCAAGACGCCAAAGAACCACUUCUCUAAAUCAAGGCACCACCACCCAAAGCAAACCAGACGUUAUUAUAAGGACACCACAGAGGACAAUUUAUACUGCCGGCAGACCUCCAUGGUACAAUAGCGAAGGACAAAAAGUUGUUCCAUUCGUCAUAGGUAUUUGCGGUGGUAGUGCUUCGGGUAAAACGACAGUGGCCGAAAACAUUAUCGAAUGCUUGGGAGUGCCUUGGGUCACUCUACUAAGCAUGGACUCCUUUUAUAAAGUAUUAACUGAAAAACAACACGAAAUAGCCGAGAAUAAUGAGUACAAUUUUGAUCAUCCUGAUGCAUUUGAUUGGGAACUUUUGGCAAUUACUUUACAACGGCUCAAAGAAGGCAGAAAAGUUGAAGUUCCUAUUUAUAAUUUUAUGACGCAUUCUAGAGAAAAUAGAACAAAAACUAUGUAUGGGGCAAAUGUGAUUAUCUUUGAAGGUAUUUUAACGUUUCACAACCUUAAAGUAACUGAAAUGUUGGAUAUGAAAAUUUUUGUUGAUACUGAUGCUGAUGUAAGACUGGCUAGAAGAUUGAAAAGAGAUAUUAGUCAAAGAGGUAGGGAUUUGGAUGGGGUUAUAAAGCAAUAUACUAGCAUGGUACAACCUUCAUUCAACCAUUAUAUUGCCCCUUUAAUGUCGCACGCUGAUAUUAUAGUUCCAAGAGGUGGAGAAAAUCAAGUUGCAAUACAAUUGAUUGUACAACAUGUCCAUACGCAACUUCAAUUGAGAGGGUUUAAAUUGAGAGAAGAGCUGGCUCAAGCCUAUGCAAUGAACAGUGGCCCUAGACCUCCAACAGUUAAAUUACUGCCAACCACUCCUCAAAUUAGAGGGUUGCACACUUUUAUAAGAAACAAAGACACGCCAAGGGAUGAAUUUAUUUUUUACAGCAAAAGACUGAUAAGGCUGGUCAUCGAGUACACUUUAAGUCUAAUGGCUUUCAAAGACAAGUGUGUCGAAACACCUCAAGGAGUUUUAUAUCACGGUAAAAGAAUGGCAACAACAAAAAUAUGUGGCGUUUCCAUUCUACGUGCUGGCGAAACUAUGGAACAAGCAGUCUGUGAUGUUUGUAAAGAUAUAAGAAUAGGAAAAAUAUUGAUCCAGACUAAUUUACAAACUGGAGAACCUGAGCUUUAUUACUUAAGAUUACCCAAAGACAUAAAAGAUUACAAAGUGAUUUUGAUGGACGCCACAGUGGCUACAGGUGCCGCAGCAAUGAUGGCAAUAAGAGUCUUAUUAGACCAUGAUGUGGCUGAAAGUAAUAUUUUACUGGUGUCGCUUCUAAUGGCUGAAUCUGGAGUGCGUUCUAUAGCUUACGCUUUUCCAAAAAUUCAAAUAGUCACCACUGCAAUUGAUCCGGAAAUUAAUGAUAAGUUUUAUGUGUUGCCUGGUAUUGGUAAUUUUGGUGAUAGGUAUUUUGGUACUGAACCCAAUGAUGGAUGUUGAAUUUCUCAGUAAUUUAUUCAUAAUUUUAAGCUCUAAAGUGUGACAUUUUUCUUUUUAAAUUGUAACUAAGAUAUUUCUUCCUUAUAUGUAUGCGGAAAUUGUUAGAAUUAGAACUAUAUUGAGGUACUUUUUUUGUAGUUGUUUAGGUGAAACAUUGUUACUUAAUUUUGAAAAAAAUUCUCUUUGGCAGUUUUGGUUACCAAAUAAUGUUAAGCUUUAUUUUGAGUUUGCUGGCUCAGAACGUUAUCCCACAAUGACCAUUUUUGAAUGAGCAUUUGGGUUUAGAUAUAUGAAGAGUUCCUUUUUUUUUAAAUAUACAUAUUGGGUUUCAAUACUUACUUAACAAUAAAGAAUAUUUUCUUUCAGCAUUAUAUUACGACGUACUUAUUUUUCUUGUAUUGAAUUGGAAUACAAUUAUGUUGAUAAAUAA